UCAUCUCUACAUCAUUAUUAUCUGUGUCACUUGCAGGCCACUGUACGCUGUGCCAGACACCUGUCGAUGUCCUUGGUCCCCACUAGAGCAUGGCUCUGAGGAGGAGGCCAGUCUCAUGGGAUAGCCAUGUUUUGUCUCCAUGACAGCUAUAUCACUCAGCCCUCACUGCAGUGACCCCUGCACAGCUAAGGAUGCUGGGAAAUAAUGAGCACUUUUAUCCCGGUCAGGAUGACAAAGAUGGGGAGGAUGAGGAGGAGGAAGAGGAGCAGGGAACAGAGAACAGGAAUGAAGAGGAAGGUGGACGUGAAACGGAGAAUGGAGAGUUAGAGGGUCUGGAGGAGAAGGACAUGACGGGAGGACGACAAUCCUGGGAAGGGAAGGGCGGCGAGGUGAUGAAGCCGGCCGCCAUCGUGGUGGGACGGCAGAGGGUGGACCGGCCGCUGAGGCCGGGGAACCUGGCCAACCGGGGCAUCAAUUACAUAUCCAACCUGGCGUCGCUGCAUCACCAGGCCGCCGCCAAGCAGCAGCAGCAGCAGCACCUCCUGGCGGCGAAGAGGCGAGCGCUGAUGGAGCGCAGCAUGACCACCGUCGCUCCGCUGGAGGAGAACUUCCUCACCAUGAUGGUGUUUCGCAUCGGGAUCCCCGACAUCAAGCAAACAAGGUGUCUCCAGUUUGACCAGGACUGCACAGUGUGGAACGCCAAGCAGCAGAUCAUCUGCUCCCUCGGCGAGUCGCUGUGGGACGCGUACAACUACGGCCUCUUCCAGCCGGCCGGGGAAGGGCGCGAUGCCAAGUUCCUGGAGGAGGAGCGGCCGCUGCGAGACUACUCGCAGUCCUUCGAGAAAGGGGUUCCUUACUUGGAGUUCAGGUAUAAAACCAGAGUGUAUAAACAGACCAACCUGGAUGAAAAGGCUCUGUCCAAACUCAGCACAAAGGCCAGUCUGAAGAAAUUUCUGGAGUAUAUUCAGACCGGAGCGGUGGAGAAAAUAGUUAAAGUCCUCGAUAAAGGUCUUGAUCCAAAUUUCCAUGACCCUGACAGCGGAGAGACCCCGCUGUGCGUGGCCGUGCAGUCGGGCCUGUCGGCCGAGGGCAUCAGGGUGCUGGUUCAGGGCGGCGCCCACCUGGACUUCAGGAGCAGGGACGGCUUCACCGCCGUGCACAAGGCUGUGCGCGCUCACAACCACGCUGGCCUGCUGACCCUGCUGUCCCUCGGCGCCUCUCCAGACUACAAGGACCGCUGUGGCCUGACGCCGCUGUACCACACUGUGCUGACCGGGGGCGACACCACCUGCUGUGAGACCCUGCUCUACUACCGGGCCAGGCUGGGGACGAGGGACGAGGCCGGCUGGGACGAGUCCCAUCAGCACAGAGAUGAAGAGGAGUUUGGAAUGGAGGAAAUCCAUAAGGCCUGCCAGAAUGGCUUUGCACAGCACUUGGAGCAUCUGCUGUUUUAUGGCGCAGACACCACUUCUCAGAAUGCCUCAGGGAACACGGCGCUUCACAUCUCUGCCCUGUACAACAAGGAAAGCUGCGUCCGCGUGCUUCUCUACAGGGGAGCGAACAAGGAGGCGAAGAACAAGCAUGGCCAGACGCCCUUUCAGCUGGCUGUCAUGUCGGGCCACUUUGAACUCGGGGAAAUAAUCAAAAACCACAAAGAUUCAGACGUAGUGCCCUUUUUGGAAUCGCCAAAGUUUGUCCCCAAGCGAAAAGAGAGUUCCCACACGCUGCCCCUCCCCGCGCUGCACUCCCACCCCCUCCUGCGCGCUAACAGCGAUAACAUCAUGACCCAGUCCGACCCUCUGGUCCUGCCCAACAAGGCUGCCACCAAUCCCCACCCGGGACAGGGUCAGCGCAGGGCCUCCAUCGGUGUGAGAAGCUCCAGCAGCCCCAGGACUCGGACUCGCUCCCCCUCCAGAGGACGAGGAGGCCAGAGCGACACGGAGGAGCGGCACCGGCAGCCCCGCGGCCGGCAGGGCGCGACCUCCGCGGGCGGCGCCGGAGGUCAGAUGAAGCGUAUGUACAGCGCCGUACCGGGCCGGGUGUACGUGGCCACUCGUGCCCACUCGGCCAGCGGGGACAGAGAGCUCUCACUGAGCAAAGGAGACAAGGUUAAAGUGCUGAGUGUGGGAGAGGGGGGAUACUGGGAGGGGACGGUGAAAGGACGCACCGGCUGGUUCCCCUCAGACUGUGUGCAGGAGGUGGCAGCUCCCGGCAAAGACAAUCGAUCAGAGAUGCGCAGCGAGAAAGCCAAACGGAAGCUUUUCCGGAACGUCACGGUCGGAGCGUACGACGGCACCGACGGCCCCAGUGACUACAUCAUUAAGGAGAAGACAGUGCUCCUACAGAAGAAAGACAAUGAGGGCUUUGGCUUCGUGCUUAGAGGAGCCAAAGCUCAAACUCCGAUAGAGGAGUUCACUCCGACGCCAGCCUUCCCCGCGCUGCAGUACCUGGAGUCUGUGGAUGAGGGGGGCGUGGCUUGGAGAGCAGGCCUGAGGAUGGGGGAUUUCCUCAUCGAGGUGAACGGCCAGAACGUGGUGAAGGUUGGUCACCGGCAGGUGGUCAACAUGAUCCGACAGGGCGGCAACAGCCUCAUGGUGAAAGUUGUGAUGGUUGCCCGGAACCCUGAGCUGGAGGACACUGCUCGUAAAAGAGCUCCGCAGCAGACUAAAAGACUGACUCCUCCUGCCAUUGCCCUGCGCUCCAAGUCCAUGACAUCAGAGCUGGAGGACAUGGUGGACAAAGCUGCCUCUCCCUGGAAAAAGAAAGCAGAAUAUGAGUCCGCUCAGGGUGCUGAUAAGAAGAGGACAGUCUAUCAGAUGGCGUUAAAUAAACUGGAUGAAAUCUUGGCUGCUGCCCAGCACACCAUUACACCAGACAACCAGGGCCAGAGAGGUCACGGCGGCAAGAGGGACCGGAGCAAGAGUAUUGUUCCCAACCUCCCCAACGAGCAACCAUAUGAGCAGCAGUCAGUGAGUCUGGUGCAGCCCGGACCCGGAUUCGGCUACAACCAAGCUCACUUUCAACCAGGCCACGGUCCUCAGCAUGCAGUCAUGAUGCGUCAAAAAUCUAUAGGUGUAACAGAGGAGGAAAGGCAGUACCUUCACCCACCUGCCAUGAAGUUGGCUCGCAGUCUGUCUGUACCAGGACCUGAAGAAAUCCCCCCUCCCCCGAACACAUCCGCCCCAGAGCCACCGUUAUCCGCAGGUCCUCAUCCUGGAAGAGGGCCCGCUAUGCCCAUACCACCUGUAUCACAAACCCACUACCAGCUCCAUUCUCAGCCGGGACAUCCCACUCAAGCUGGGUGGGAGAUCAGUGGACCCAGUGGGAUGAAUCAACCGGUCAUGGUCCCCACCCUCCGCAGACAAUCGGACGGACUGUGCAUUCGAGAACCAGAUGUGCCCAGAAGAGGUGGUGGCAAGAUGGGAGGGUUGAGGAGAGGCUACAGCAGUGCCACACCGCCAACAAGUGCUAAGCCUAAGGCCCAACAAGCUCCCCAGCAUCAUCCACAUGUGCCCAACCGGGAGCAGGCUGCAGCUGUGGGCAGGGGAAUGGCGAGGAGGGGGGGUCGCGGGGCUUUGAUGAAGCAGUCAAAAGUCGAAGAUGGGCUGAGGCAACCUCGAGGAAAAGGAGGUGCAAACAAGGAGAAGAGCUCCAUCCCAAUCCCCACCAUUAUUGUCAAAGCACCCUCCACUAGCAGCAGUGGCCGAAGCAGCCAGGGUAGCAGCAUGGAGGCUGAAGCAUCGCAGGAUCUGGAAGAGCACACACCUGAAGAGGCGAACGCAGACAGCCCCAACGCCAGCCUUCCAUCACCGCUCAGCUCCGUGCCGCCUCAGCCCCCCACGUCCAGUACCUUGCCUCCAGCAAGUGUUGCUCCUUCUGUUUCCUCCCAGCAAAACCUCGACAAUUUGGAUUAUACCUCAACCUAUGGCACUGCGUUUGGAGGAGGGGGAGGAGGUGGAGGAGGAGCACGCAGAGAAAGGGAGCGUUUCAAAGAAAUGAGGAGAAAGAGUGCGUCUUUCUACCUCUCCUCUGAGGAGGACAUCCAAGGCGAGGCAGGGGGAGGAGCCGGAGAGGGAAGCCUACCUCCAGGAGUAAGAAUUCAACCUUUGCAAGGCUCACAAAUGGAAGUGCCAACUCCUCGACUUCGGCCUUCAAAGUCCAUCGAUGAAGGCAUGUUUUCUGGAGACAACUACGUGAACUACUCCAGCAGCAUGCCCCCCGCCUUCGGUUUGCCCGAGUAUUCCUCCCCUGCAUUCAGUCAGGAUGGCCAGCCCAAAUCGGCUCCUUCAAUGUACGGCUCCCAGCCCACUACCACCUUUAUCCACCCACUGACAGGGAAGGUUCUAGACCCAUCGUCCCCACUUGGCUUGGCCCUUGCUGCGAGAGAGCGGGCACUUAAAGAUGACCGCAGGACACGAAGAGACGAAAGACAUUUUGGGCGGCAGAUGUCCACAGCGGGAGCUUUUCCCACUCCUGUUCAGACCCCCACGCCUUCGCUUUUUGCCACACCAACACAAUCAACCUACACCUCUCCGGUGUCACUCCACCUAACCUCCCCCACUACAACCACAUCGCCGGCAUCUCUUAGCCGGCCGCAGUCGCCCAGGAUAUUACGUUUGGGAGGAGGAGGUGGGGAGAGGAUUGAAAGAGACAAGGAAGCAGGACCCAGAGAGGGUCUUAGAGUUCGCUUUUCCGAGGACAGAAACAGCCAGUAUUCCUCUCAGUAUUACCCACAAAGCCCCAGGGAGAGAGAAAAGGACAUGUAUGACAGCAGACCCGCUCCACCCAUACAGCCCCCUCCCCCACCAGCUCAACCAGCCCCUCGCAGGCCUUCUUUUCUGCAGAUGGACAGCGCUCCUAACACCAGCUACAUUCCACAGUACACUGUCCCCACGGCCCCAGCACACACACACGAAGCUAUGGGAGAAAUGGGAGCUGGGGAGGGUGGAGGCCUGGGACUGAUGGUUUUACCUCCACCAGCUCCCUCAAUAGACGCAGAUGACGAGUUUGUCUUUGCAGAUCCAUUACCUCCUCCUUUACAGUUUGCAAAUGGUAAGAAGGAUAGAGUCAAGGAGUUUGCUCAGCAUCAUCAACACCACAGUCAACAUUCUACUUCUGCUGCUCCGCCUCCUGCACCACCUCUUGUGUCGUCCAAGUCCCCGAAUGUCCCCCAGUCCUCAUCACAGGGUGGAGACUCUGCUGCUUCGAGCCUUACUUCUUAUGAUAGUGAGGUGGCAAACCUCACACAGUCUGCCCUCUCGCCUUCUUACCCAUCCCCACAGAUAUUCCCUCCUUCCUCCACCACCACCUCCACGACCUCUGCUGCUGCUCUGCCUGCCUCGUCGUUACACAGACCCCAGCCAAUAUCCCAGUCACAGUCCUUUUACGGUAAUUCUGACCCCUCAGGAGGUGUUCACUCCGCAGCCCAGGACAGAGGUACGGCUGCUCUCACCACCACCAUGACCUACGCCACCACCACUAUGACCGCAAGUGCAGCUGCUACCACCACCACGACCUCUCCGGCUUCCUCCGACUACAGCGUGACCACAGCAGGGCCUAAAUUUGCUCCCAGUACAGGGGGAAGGACCGCUGACCCCACUGCACAUUACUCCGCUGUUACGUCCAAGAGCGGAGACUGGCAAGAUGCCGUUGUGGACUCGGGGAUUGAGGAGCUGGACAGUCAUAGCAGCAGUGACCAUCAUUUAGAAAUGCUGGGACUGAGUGGGUUGAGAGGAGAGAGGGGAGGGGCUGGAGGAGACGGCCGAGGCUGUGAAGCUGAGAGAAACAGCGAACAUCAGGACCCGUGCACAACCUACUCAGGUGGGCAAACAGCUGAGGUUCACGCCACCAAAAUGGCAAAUCCUGUGUUUCCAAAGAUGACUCACUACAAGGACGCGGGAGGGAGGGUCCCGCCUGUUGCACUUCGUAGGCAGAACAGCACCAAUCCCGCACCUUUGCAGUUACACAGACAAAGUCUCCCAGAAGACCCGGGUUUUGACGGAGCUCUUAUAGAAGAGAGGAAGCACAAGCAGAGCCGAUCCAGAAUGGAGGAUGGCUUCAGCACUGCCCUCGCCGCCUGUUUAGAGAGACCCAUGGACAAUCGGUCCAUCGGCUGGGGUGAGAUGGAGGACCAUGACCAGGGCCAGAGAGGGACUAUAGUUGUGGAAGGCCGCAGGCUCCACUCACCUCUUUCGGGUGUUAAAGCUAGUAUUAUCAAUGAGCUAAGCUCCAAGCUUCAACAAAUGAGUGGCAUGAAAAGCAUGGAUGACUGGAGCCACAGUCCAAAGUCACCAACCAUGCACAGAUAUUCAGCCGAUUACACGGAUGCGUUCAGCAGCCCCCCGACGGGCCGCUCCACCUCUCCCCUCCCCACCUCUUCCCCUCAGCAUCGUCAGGUCCUCACCCCCAACCUGUCCGCCACCCCGUCCGUCUCGCCGUCUCCUCAAGUGCAGCGCAGCUGGACUCGAUCCCCGUCUCCACAGAUGCCUUCCUCUCCAGUUCAUUCACAUCCUCCCCACUCUCCGACCUACUGCCCGUACCCGACGUCACCAAAGCAUCGGUCCAAGUUUCGCAGGCAGACUUUUGAUUUUCAGUGCAGUCCCACGAAGGAGAUGCGAUCUUCAGUGUCCCGUCGCCGGGCUCCCAGCCCCCUGAUCUAUAACACUGAACAGCCAAACCCCAGUCCUCCCCGACCUUCCUCUCUCCCCAUCCUACCCAGCACCCCGUCCUACAGCAACCCCUUUGAGUUUCCGGGGCCCCUCACUCCUCCGUCUCCUGGCCUGCCUUUAGGAGAUGCCUACAAAUCUUCAACCCCUCCUCUGUUUUCCCCAUCGGGUAUGACCAGUCCGAACCCCCUGCUAGUUUCUCGCUCUCUUUCUCCCACUCAUUUUCUCUCUGGAGCCUCAUCUCCGAUGCAUUUACCCCCAAGUCCUUCCUGUCUCAACUAUCCCCACCUCAAUCCUCCUCCACCCGCAAAACCAUUCGCCAUUAAGCCGCUGCCCUACUGGACCAAGUACGACGUGGCUGACUGGCUAGCUUAUCUGAACCUGGGUGAACACAGAGAGCGUUUUAUAGACAAUGAGAUCGAUGGAUCGCACCUGCCUUCGCUUACUAAGGACGACUUCUUGGACCUGGGAGUGACACGCGUGGGACAUCGAAUGAACAUCGAGAGGGCGCUGAAGAAACUCACUGACAGGCGAUUCUCCUCUCCUUUGCAUGUCACUACUUCUCCCCGAGACACAGACUGAGGGAGUGAAGGGGGGAUUCAAAGAUGAGAGAAAGGGGGACAAACAAAUUGACAGAGAUGAACUUUAACAGAAGACUGACGAGAGAAGAAAAGUGGACAUCAACAGGCCGCAUUGAACUAGCACUAAGGGAUUCCUACGUGCAAAACUGGUUUGCAAAUGUUGUUUUCCAUGUAGAGGAAGCUGGUAAGAAAGUGAUGGGAUGACGAUUGAUCAAGAAAAAGCACGAGGAGAAAGCAAGAAUUUCUAAAGAUCACACGCUUGAACUGAAAAUGUACUUUAUAACUUUUCAUGGACAGGCAUUUAAUUAACACCGUUUUGUGCUGUAAAAGAAUAAACACACUUACACUCAUAUUCUCAUACACACACACACACACACAUUGACAGAUGGAUUAUCACACCAUCUGCUGCUUAGCAGCAAUGAGAAAACUCAAGUCUGACUUCAAAGACAAGUUGAAAUGUUGCUGCUUUUAAAGGGUGAGGCCCAAAUAAAUGUUACCGAUUGUGGCUGCACCAGGAAGUCUG